UCGAAGAGGCCAGGUCGACCCUUGUCUCUGCUCCGUUCGCAUCAAUGAGAAUCAUUCUCUGCAUCGUUCUGCGCUCGUUUUUUUUUUCAUCUCCUCGAUACCAGUGAUCACGCUCGUUGAUCGAUUACCAAUCGAUUAACGUCGACACACUGUUAAUAAGUCAGUGUGUCGCGUGUUCGUGGUGAUACGUUGUGGAAAGGUCAAAAGUCGUGUUGCAUGUUAUUGUGACCCAGGCCUGUUCCUCGUCCCGAUGUACUGGUGAUGGUAGAUUUAGAAUUGUGAGCAGCAGGAUUUCAGUGUCAUCCAGCGGCAUAAUCGUCGUUUACCUGGUGACUGGUAACACCUAGAAACCGCUGUGUACCUCCGCGGCCUAGUGACCUGACCUUGGGUCGGCCCGACCAGGAAGUGGCAGAUACGCAGUAUUCGAGCUUCAGUGAAGAUGUGAAGUAGAAGUGAAGAUGGGAGAACGCGUUGCUGGUCAUCUGCUGUAAACACAUUUUCGAGCAGACAAAUCGGCUUGCAUGGACCUUGAUUAGCUGGCCUUAAUGCGAGGACUGCAGGCAUUCAGCGCGCCGACAGAGGAAAUCUCAAGAAUGUGAACAAUCAAACUAACGCAAAUGCCCAACAAGGCACGGCCUCGUCAAGAGUGGUCUCCCAAGUCCCCUAUUCAUGUAUUGUGGAUGCCCCGCUCUGCCAUGAGGCCGGCCGAGGGCGACACUUCGGACUGUAUCCUAGUGGUAGGAAUAUCCAGACCGAAGAUGGCCGCAGCCUUCCUCACGGUUGUCCUCCUCUCCCUGUUUCUCACCUUCCACAUCCUCUACGACAGCGCGGUGUACAGUCUGCACGCUGCAUCGGCCGUGGAGGGUCGUACCGUUGAGUUGGUAUCGCAAGUCCGUGCCACCCCGCCAUUGCUGUUCUCCAGCAAGGUCCACUUCCCGCGUACUAGUCGUCAUCUACCUCAGGCAAUCAUAAUCGGCGUGCGCAAGUGCGGCACCAGGGCGCUCCUCGAGAUGCUCUUCCUACACCCUCAGAUCCAGAAAGCCGCUGGCGAGGUCCAUUUCUUCGACCGGGACGACAACUAUGGUAAAGGUCUCGAAUGGUACCGAAGAAAAAUGCCGUAUUCUUUCAGAGGGCAGAUCACCAUCGAGAAGAGUCCUAGCUAUUUCGUAACACCCGAGGUACCCGAAAGAAUCCGCGCGAUGAACGCGAGCGUGAAGUUGUUGCUGAUCGUCCGAGAGCCGGUUACCCGGGCGAUUUCGGAUUACACUCAGCUUAGGACCCAUGCAGCGACCGCGUCCACCGUAACCAAUGGGACACCUCGCAGCGUACAGCAGCAACAACAGCAACAAGCUGCUCGUAGUUUCGAAGAGCUAGUGAUGCGACCCGACGGCACCAUCAACGAAUCGUACAGACCGGUCGCCAUCUCGCUGUAUCAUACGUACAUGCACAGGUGGCUGGAGGUGUUCUCCAGGGAGCAGAUCCUCAUAGUGAACGGCGACCAACUGAUCGAGGAUCCGGUACCGCAGCUGCGCAGGAUCGAGAGUUUCCUAGGAAUAGAACCUAGAAUCGGUAGGCACAAUUUCUAUUUCAACCAUACGAAAGGCUUCUACUGCCUGCGCAACGAAACGUCGGAGAAGUGUUUGAAAGAGAGCAAAGGUAGACGGCAUCCGCGGGUCAGUCCUGUGGUGGUCACCAAGCUGAGGAGGUUCUUCAACGAACAUAACCAACGAUUCUACGAGCUCGUAGGAGAGGAUCUGGGUUGGCCUGAGGAAUAACCGUCGAGAGGAAACGGUUCCCAUGAUGAAAGUGUUGCGUGAAGCCACGAUGGAUCGCUGAGCCUGGAGUUUGCGACGGUUCCCUGAAGAACUAUCGCUGGGCGUGUGCGAAUUUUCCAAACUCCCAUCGAUGGAAAUUACGAAGGUGUCUUCGCGUGAAAUUCGGAUAACAGCGUUAUAACGAAAUCGUUCUGUAACAACUCGGCUGGUCCGAGUACUCGUGCAAGGCUUUUAAUUAUUUCAAAGAAACUCCAACAUCUCGGUCUACGUGGGAAAUUAACUGAAACACCGUCCAAGAGGAUUCAGGGCGAAAUUAACGAGCAUCAUCGUUGCUUGAAUCGAGCAAAUGUUUCGUGAUGAAGAGAAAGAAGAUACCUUCGUGAUUGAAGCUCGUCUAAACGGAGAGUGAAGCGGAGUUAAUUGAAGAAUCGCAGAUCCGCAGCGUUCGUUUGGCGUCGUUUACGAAGAUUCCUGAGGAACAGGAUUUAUCCGCAACAGGCACUCCUCGUCGUGGAGAGAAUCGAGGCUGAUCAGGAUGAGUACCUUUUAUAUUUUACUGAUUAGCUUUAAGAUUAAAACGGGGUAACAGCUCGAUGGUACACAUUAUCCACCGUCAAUGUGCUCGAAUGAUCAUUUUUAUAUAUUAAUUACAUUUCGUGUAGGACUUCUUACCGAGAAGGUAGAAAUCAGGAUAAACAUUACACACUAUUCAUUUUCGAAACAGUUUCUUCUAAGACCAAAAUUUCGGAAUUCAAUUAUCGUUUUGCUAAGCCUUUAUUAUUCUUGCAUAGUAUCCCUGCUGUUUUGAAAUUUCCUCCAGAGAAGUAUCCAUGCCCCGUACUGUACACCCAUAACAACGAAAGGGUUAACGAUACGCGAUAGAGUUCCUUCGAGAAAAAUAAGACGCGAUACGCUUUCUUUGCGAGCCCAACAAUCCUGCGGGCCUCUUCAGGAAGGGCGCUCGAGCAGCAAGCGAACUCGAGUGCACCCUGAAGAGGCUCGUGGCAACGAGUCAAGCCAUUAAAUCGAGUGCAUGCAAUUUAAUGGAUAUACGGUUCCGGCCAGGACUCGUCAUUAUUAUCGGUAAAUCCCGAGUACUCGCGUGCUAAUUGUCCCUGAAACGGUGAAUCCAUCCCUGAAACGCAGCGGAUUGAUUUGAGAUUCGUAAUGAUCCUCUCGGGGAUGACAAUGGAAUUGAAAAUUUGAUGGAAUAAUUGGAUCCGAAGGUGAAGAAGGUUGAUCGAGUGAUAAAACGUUUGAAUUUAAUUGAAGUAAAUUAGAUUUCGAAUGAAAGUAAUUGAAAUUGUUUCAAGCCCCGAGGAGCGAAUUAAUUGGACCUUUUGAAUUAUCAAUGAAAGGAGAGUUUCCGAAGAUUCUGUUUCGAAUGCAACACCAAUUGUUUAUUUAUCAUUCCAGGAAUUUUUCAUACCGAGCAGAAUAAUUAGAGUUAAAUAGAGCUAAUCUCAGGGAAGAUAUCAACUUUUGCAACAUAUACACACGUAUCAUUUUUAAUGAAAUAUACGAACUAUCCGUUCACUCAUAGAAUACCUACGAUUAACAUAAAUAUACAAACAGCAUUCUUUAUUUUUAAUUCCUUAAAAUACAUAUUUCUUUCUAAUUUCAAAUAACAAGAUUUUCAUUGUCACUGAAAACGUGUUCAAAUUGUUCGUGAAAUCGAUAACGAGAUCAUUGAAUGACCCAUCGAGGAAAAUGGAGGUGAUCCCGUGGAUGAGGAAGUAGAUAGAAUUGGCGAAGGAAUUUCAAAGGACGACCCUUGAUAUCAUUCACGGCCACGCGUGUCCUAUGGGAUUUCGUUGCCGUAGAGUUGAUUCCGACUGGGUCGUUAGUCAGAGGAUCGGACGUCUGUCCGUCGAUUCUCGUGGCGAACGAAUUCGAGCACAUUGCACGGAUCCCCGGGUAUUUAGAUCGAUCGAUUUCCGGUAAGAGAGCGGAACGAUCCAUCGAUGCUGUUACUCCUUCCUCCGCGUGGCUGCGCGCAACAUCCUCGUCUUGUUCCAUAGUUACACACGCAUAUACACACUUGCAUUACAUAUACAAUUACUUACAUCGAUAUUUAGAUAUUGCACCAUUUUUUAAUUCGUUGCUUUCCAUACAAAUUUUAUUAAAAAGUUACAAAGUAUAGGGUGUAAGGGUGAAACGUAUACAUAUCAAAAAAUGUGAUACAUAUAAAAUACAUAUCAGAUACAUAUCAGUAGUGAAUAGAAUAUACACAUUAAAUAGAUAGAAAAUAAAUGAAAGAAAAAAUAAAAUUUAACUCGGAAUACAUUGCAAAAUAAUUGGGAUUGAGUAAUUCAUAUUUUCAUAACAUAAACACAAUUUCUUGUACGAAGCAUCAAAUUCUAAAUGGUGUGCUAUCCAAAUACUCGCAUAAACACGCACGUACAGUCUUGUGCGACUUGGGUUUUUCUUAGUUAAAAAAAUGUAGGGGUCAGAAAUGAUUCACUGGUCGUCUUUAUUCGUGUUCUUUACGAGAUUCUAAGGAAGGUUUUCCUGAGAUCAAAGACGAGUAGCGAGACAUUCUUACCCCUGUAUCAACCCUUAACCAAAUGAAGUCUACGUUACACCUAACUGUACCUACACACACGUACAUACAAGUAACAGUAACGCCGGCCAAAAUAAAAUAUUGACGCGAAUCCAACGAAAAGAACUGUUUCUGGUAAAGCAGAUUUCCAUGGAACAGAAACGAUUCGUUUGGAGGAUACGCGUCGCAUGGAUCACAUUGGUCCGUGAAUUUACAUAUCAUCUAGGUUAACUAGUUCGUAUUACAGAAGAUUUAAUAUUUUUAUAAUCCACAUUGGAAGUUGUUAUAUCGAGUCGUUAAGCUUAUCGUGUACAGGAAGAGGAGGGCCACCCUUGAGGAUUAGGCUUAAGGGAGGUGUGCAAGUACGCUCGGUGAUCUUUGGUUUCGUUACUCCUACAAAUCAUUCGAUUAAUGAUCAGAGAUUCAUUAAUUGGGAAUAGUAAAAAUUCUUUAGGAAGAUCAUUGGAUUUUUUUUCUGAAAGGAUACACGACUCACUGGAUAAUUGCAAAUGGAAAUUGAAUUUUUUUAUUAAUAUUUUGGUAGGCAUCUGAUAAUUAUAGAAAAUUUAAUUUUUUGUUUUAUAGCUUCAAAUAUUUAUGGAACAAAAAUGGCAUUUAUUGCUACUGUUGCUGUUAGUUUUAUUCAAUUUUAUAGAUUGCUGUAAGAUUGAUAGAAGUCGUUUAAGAUGUAAUUGAAUUUGAAAGAAAUUUCAAUUUCGUUGAGAGGUUUUAAAUUUCUAUAGAGCCAUAUAGUGAAUUAAAGUUUGUAAAUUGAAUGUUUUUGUAUUUUAUUACGUGUGAGGGUGGUAUUGAGGAUCGUAAAAAGGAAUAGGAUGUAAGGAUGAAACGUAUACAUAUCAAAAUGUGAUGUACAUGAAAUACAUAUCAGUAGUAAAAUUUUUAUAUAGAAUAUGUAUAUUGGAAAAUUAUGGAAAUAAGAAUUCCAAAUUUUUAGCGUUUAUCGAAGGAGAAAAUUAAUCUAUUAUAUACUUAAAGUAACUUUUUAUCGCAUACUUUUCCUGAAUAAAGAUACAAGAUUGAAUUAAAAUUAGAAUUAAAAUCGAGGUAAAAAUGAGAGAGGAUUAAUUAAAUUACAAGUGUAUGAAAUAAUAUUGAAGUAUUAUUAUUACUUUUUUUUUAAAGUUGCUGUAAUAUCUCAUCUGAUUUCCUAAAAUUUUCUACUACAACGAAAUUUACUGAUAGUUUAAUCAAUUUUAAUAUCAAUUAUUGACCAAGAACGUGUGAAUUUACAGCACAUCAUAAAGAAAGUUAUAAAUCGUAACUAUACAUUUGAUAAAAUAAGAAGUUAGAUAUUGAACAGCACAUAAAAUCAGACUGCUUUGAAAUAGUAUUUCAAGUAAAAAAUAGAAAUACUUUCGAAAUAAGAAUUUCAAAUAUAUUCUCAGAACUAUUUCAAUAGUUCUUCUGCUUGAAAUAUACUCAGCUCCAGAAAAUAUUGAUUCAAGAGAAAUUGACCAUUCAUCGUUGACAUCUGAUACAGAUGAAAAUCCAGAGAAAAAAGAAUCUUUCGACCCAUGACAUCGUCCGUAUCCUCCUUUACCUUACCGUGAACCUUCAGAUAGCUGCUUCCAUUCGAGUCCUCGUAAUGGACCUUAUAUCGCAGAUCUUCCUACGUACACCUAGUUCAAUAUAUCCAACGCGCGAGAUUGAAGCGCAGGGAUAUCGACAUAAAGGGUGGAAAAGAGAUAGGAACAGGGAGGGGCCCGUAUAUCACGCGAAGAUGGAAGUUCGCGAUAAAAUUGACCAUUUGUUUCUGAAAGGGAGAGGAAAAAAAAAAAGGAAGGGAUCCUGGCGUGAAAAUUCCAUCGAUCCUUCGAACGACACCUCGAUGAACGACCCCUGCGAAAUUCUCUGUAAUGGACAAAGAAAAAUUCCAAUUGCUUUUUUUUUUUUUUUCAAUGGCCCUUUAUUUUGAAUUCUUCACGCGUCACCAUUUCGCUUUGCUUUUGGGAAUUGUAUUGAACACGAACGCGAUAGAGGGUUGAACUGCAAAACCAGUAACUCCAUUAUGAAAAUAUUCCUUUUUACGGUGACAUGAUUUAUUAGGUGACGUUAUUUGAAAUAGAUAUUAUUUCUACAAAAAGAAAAUUAUGUUAAAUUUGUUAAAUUUCUGUAGCUUCUUGAUGGGUAUCACGAAAUUACAUGAAGAAAUAAAAACUCGUUUCCAUCGAGUACCAACGGGUAGGAAAGUUAACUUGGAUCCUUGGAUAUCCACCAUUUGUCUCUGUUCCUGGCACACGCACAUACACAGUGAUAAGAGCCAUUACUCGAAACCGUUGGUAAUUUUCGCUAACGAAAAUACGUCUGGCUGUUGCACGGUAAUAAAAAGCAAAUUGAUCUUCGCCAAGGAGUCGAUGUUAUCCGGAUAGGAAUACAUAGCUAUUUAAAUACAAUGCACCGGUUUCAAGAGGCUCGAUAUCGAAAAGAAACUGUUCUCCUUCGAGGAUCCGUUUGAACCGUGAAUAAAGUUGUCGUGGAUGGUUUCAUGGGAGUUCUAUCUUCCCGAGCUUAGCUGAUUUGUAUGGGGGAUGAUAGACGUGAAACCGUCUAUCCUUGACUCCCUGACCUUCUCUGAAUCUGGAAGAUAAAUGGCCGAUGGAGAGACAGGAAGAUAAAGGAGAGGUUUGUUUCACUAAUGGAGUUCAUUGUAUUAGAUGGUGUAUACAGGGUUUAUCAGGAUAGGUAUUCGGUUAUUGUAUCGAGUGCUAAAUUUUCCCAUGAUUUCAUGAUAUAAAGGUAACGUAAAUUAGCACUUGUGGUAUAUCAAAUUAAAGGUUAAGAUUUAGCGAAAGUGACUGUAUAAAACUUUCGUUGAUAUUCUUAACACAGAGUGAUUAGUCCUGGAUCGCAACGAACACUGUUAUUCUACUGUGUCGAAUAUCUAAAUUUGAAGUAUAAACAGUCUGACAUGAUUUCAUGACGUAACGGUAUCUCCUAUUAAUCGCAAGAAACUGAAAAGGGAACAAAAGGAAUAGAAACAGUCGUUUGCUCGUUGUAAAUGAAGAGACACGCUAUAAAUAAUUCGCUUUACAGAACAGUGAGUCGUGUAUCCUCGAUGGGCAGCUUUCAUCGGUUCGCCCUGUUAUUCCUGGCAAUAAAUACCUUUCUGCCUGGACAGAAGUUGAAUUUCGAUCACAGAGCACUCGAUAGCAGCCGGAUGGUACGAAAGAAAGUGGAAAAAACUGAAAAUACGAGUAUUCGCUCCGACUUUCCUCUGAAUCCGUUCCAUGCUCUUGAACGUCAUCAUCGUAAAAUUUCUUUCACGAUCUUGGUAAAUCAUCUUCGAUCCGAUUCCAUUCCGUGAAUUUUUUGAAAGAAAAAAACAGAUAGAAAUCUUAGAAUUCACGAAUUAGACUGCUUCGUCAAACUUAGAAAUUAAUUAAAAUAAAAAAAUAGAAUACAGUGAUGCACGAAUUAUCAUGCAAUUUGCACACUCGAAUAAAUAUUCUUGGCGUAUUCAAAGGAGCUGAUGAUCGUCGAAUACAAAUAUAAAGCAGACGCUAAUUCAACAACUUAGCUAAUUCGUCAGCUAAUCAAAGCGAGCCACCGAGCUUGAUCUUAGCUAAUCUUUACAGAAGGGACCAGCUUUGAUCCGCUCGUGAAUUACGUUUACUCAAGCUGCAAUCCGAACGCAGCCUCGUAUCCUUUUCGAAGAAUUCAGCUGGGAAAGUUUAUGACUGUCAUACCGUAUUAUAAAUUCAACACGGCAACACUAGUUUCACGAUGCAAGCUUCGAUUCCUUCGUGAAAUUCACCAGGAACCGUACACUUUCCGACUAACGCGGUUUCCGCUAUGAUCACUUUCGAUUAAACUCACUUGGAAACUUUCCGCAGCUUGAUUUAAUCUUUCUCGAGAUUUUCAAAGCUUUUUAGUGCGCCAAGAACGUUCUUCUUCUGGAUAAUUUCUUCAGAUAUGAAUUAUUGUUCCGCUAACAGAGUUUGGAGUCGUCGAAAGAAAUGAAUUAAAAAUUGUAGCAAUUAAUUGUAAUAUUAUAUGAAUUCACCAGUCAGGGUAUUUUUACGCAUUCGAGAUGAAAUCAAUUUUCCUUAGGAAGAAAAAAUUGCUCCUUAUUCUUGAACGCUCUAUUUUAUUAGAAUAAUCCUCGGGUUCAGCUACAUUCAAAUUAGAAUUUUAUUCCUGAAUUUUUCCAAAAUCAUGGCUCUUUUAUCUUUUAUUUAAGGGGUCGAUUAAAAUGUAACACCCGAGAGACUCGUUUGAGGGAAGCAAAGUCCAAAGGGAGAGGUGGUUUUAUAGAAAACAAGGUCGUCCAUCGUGUGUAUCCGUCCGGUGCCAGGUCGAGUUAGCAGGUGAGCGUGGCUGAAUUAUGCCUUAUUACGAAGCGGAAGGGCCAAGUCCUGUACACGUCAGUCACGCGAAUAAAUUGUAUCUCUGGCGGCGAAGUGGCCAGGGAAAAGAAAGAUUAGAAAGCGUGGAGACGAGCCAGCCCCGGGAAAAAUGCUACUUUCUACCGCGACCACUACGAGCUGUUGAAUUAAUUCGCUGUAUUAAAAACACCGUGUCCACUUUUCUUCUUUUUUUCUUAACUCCUUUCUUUCGUUUAACCUUUCUUAGAGGAAGUUUUCCUUUGUCCUUCAAACGCGACAGAAACGUGGCGUGUAUUACGAAAAUUCCAUUUUAAAUGUUUUUCAUUGGUUAGUUGAAUUUUUCGAAAAUAACGAGAUUGCUUGUAUUUUCGAAUGGUAUUGUUACGUUUUUGCUUGUUUCGUUGCAGUAUCCAUUCUGAAAGAGAAUUUUUGAAAUUCUCAGGAAAACGUUGAAAGAGAAAUAAUAAUUACACUUCCACUUAAAAGUCAGGAUACGUAUUCAAAUUUUAUAAAAGUCUGAAAAAGAUUUAAAUUUAAAGGAAAAUAAUGUUUUUUCUAUUUUGUAAAAUUAUUUAAAUAAUUCUACCAUUUUGAAGGGUUUCAUUUGGGGAGAAAUUUUCAGGGUGAUUUUUUAUUUGGAAACUACGAUGAACGACUGAUGAAUGAUUUAUGGUGUUUCAGUUAUAUUGCAAUAUACGUUUUGUUGGAUAUGUAAAUUCAAUUAAACCAUUAACGAUUACAGUUUCCCAUUCGCUAUGUUAUCGUUUCUGAUAUUCUAAGCUCUAGAGGAACCUCUUAAUGCACCGUUCGCAACUGAUACUCGGGUUGCAUAUAAAUUAGAAUGCAAGUGAAUAAUUAGCUAGGUUCCGAUGAAAUAUAGCGGAUCAUUUAAUUGAAUUUCGCGAGAAUUUCCAUUUACCAAAAUUAUCCAUCCAUUAUCAAAGAAAUUAUAAAGAAUAUUUUGAUCAUUUUCAAAACUCGAUCCUUCCAAAAAAAAAAAAGAGAAGAGGGUUCGAUAAAUGCAUAAAUCAUCGACAUUGUUUCGUUCAGCUCAUAAAUCAUUUCUACCUGUUCGAAUGUAAAUUGGAUUCAACGCGUCGAGCGAGAGAAAUGAAACACUUUGACGUAGAGAAAAAUAAUUUUGAAGAUCAAGAUUCGAUCGAGCCAAGCCCUCCUGUUAAAUCGUGGCCGUUUCAUUAAUCUUGUUCAACGAUGAUUUUUGUAUAUGACCGGAACGUAAAUUUAAUUCAAUGCUCUGAGCCUGGUAAAUAGGAUCGUUAAAUAAUUCACGCGCUCUGUUACGUUGAUAUUCAGUUCCUGUUUUCAUAAUUCAUUUCCUCGCUCUACAUCGGCCAUCCCGCUCAUCUGGGCCGUGAUCCAAAACUUUACCCGUGUCCACCCUCAAAUUAGCUGAUCAAUGACUUUCCGUCGACUUUAACCACCGCGUUACACGUUUCUUUCUUCAAAGUAUCAAUGUCUAAAUUUUAUAGAAAUUUUUCAUUUAUAACAGCACUGGAUGAAAUAGCGUUUAGAUUAAUAAAAAGAAAAAAUUCUGCAGGUUAUUAAAUUUUCAUAAAUCGACCUUGGUAAGGGAAUGUAAGAUAGACACGGUGUUAGCAGUGUCGUGAGCGAUUGUAAUCACAAUUAAUCGAACGUCGUUACACGCGGUAUUAAACGACGAUAACAAUGAAUCUAAGCCGAGGAAAGCCGUAGACGGUUACGUACGACGUACCCCGUUACCAACAAGUUAUUACUACUGUCCCACGAAAUUACUUUAUUUCCGUAUUUAAAUGAGUCCUGUGAACGACUUCUCGCGUGUCCGACUGAUAUCGAAUGUGCUUUUCGUUUGGCUAACUAUAUGAUUCUCUUGAACCAUUAAAAUCUUAUAAUUUUUCAUUUUCUUCUAACCGACGGUUUCAAUGAUUUUUUUGAAGAAUUAUUGAAAAAUGGUAAAAUAGAAAAAUUAUUUAUUAACUUCUAGCGAUAGAGUUGAAAUUUGAAUGGAACUUGUUUGUAGAUUUCGUAUUACAAACAAUUCACAAAUUAAUUUGGAUAAUUGAUUCCCUUUGAUAAGAAAGGACAAUGGGCACACGAUGUCCAAUCACGUUUAAUUGCCUCUGGUUCUUGAACUAAUCAACCUAAAGGCAGAGCGUAUGACCACCCUAAAACUUGUCGCAAACCGAGAGAAAUUCCCAGUAUUGGCGAGCUGUACCUAAGGUAGAGAUCGUUAGAAUCAUUUGUUCCAUUAUGACCACCCAGACACUCUAAGCUUUAUGGAAUGACUAUUGAUUGGAAGAUGGCAGGUUGUCUUGAAAAUGAAAUCUUCUACUUCGAAAUGGAAGGUUUAUUUUCAGAAAUAUGUUAGUUCGUUUGAAUAUCUUCACUUCCUUCUUUGUCUCUUUUCGCCAUUUCUCUCUGCACCCCACAUUCCCUACUUUCUUUUUUAUCUUUCAGUCUAACGUGCAAUCGGCCACUCUUCUCUUUCAAUCUAACCCGCAAUAAAACCGGACUUUUCAGCUGCACUCGCCCUUUUGCCGUAUUAGUUACUCUCUCGUUUUUGCAUGUUUCCCUUCCUUUACUUUUCUCUCAGCCACUAGGGCGUCCCACUUUCAACCCUUUCAGCUUUCUUCUCAAGCAUUUCAACGACGUUCCCCCUCACCGCCCCCCGCCUUUCUUUUUUCUUCGCAUUCUACGCGACCACGAUCGCGAUGUCCUGAUUUCACCUUUUUUACGUGGAUCCUUGUCGAAAGCUAGUUAACACCUUUUCCUUGUCCUCGUAGAGUCGAGAAAACUUUGAAGCUUCUUUCGGAAAGUAACUAAGACUUUUUCCACGAAUUUGGAGAAUAUAAAUCUUGGCUGCAAGAAAGUCACGAGCUUAAGGAUUAAGUUAUUUCAGCAAGAAAAUUGACGAGUUUCGGGUUAAAGAUAGAAAUUAUAUUCUCUUUUAAGCAAGAGUAACGAGGAAAUGUGGAAAUUCUAAUUUUCCUUGAAUUAGAAAUUCUAGUUUGAUUACUGGGAACAGUUUGCAGAGAUGGCAGUGAGGGAAUGAAAAACCUCAGGGCAAUUUUCUUCUCAUUGCCGAGGGGAAAAAUGGUGUUACAUUGAAACACGUGAGGAAGUUAAUUUCUCUCGGUACUUUGUUUUAUGAUUCUCUUGCACCGUCUUAAAAUUAUCACUCGAAUUGUCGUAUCUUUUCCUGGUUACGAUACAGGUAUGCAUGCACAGACGAUAAUGUUAAAGGAUCAUGCAUUCGUAAUAUAUGCACCACGUAUGCACUGAUCCCAGGAUAACAAGACCUUACGUCACUCUAUAAUGAUAUUCAAACAGAGAAUAAAGUGAUAAACCAGAGAAUAUAUACAUUUCGUAACAAGUGCAAGUAUUAUACUUCUUUUCCGUCUUCUUCGAUAUCCUUUUUUGUUACGAAGACAAAAAGGAUUCCCUUUCAAUAUUACAGUGUGAAAAUCAUUAUAAAUUAUUUAUUCCUGAUUAUAAUGGAACAGAAAUAAAUUAUUUAUUCGAAUUUCAAUCUAAAAUAUUCAUUUUGGUGAACAUUUAAUCAAUCAAAAUUAUUAUUAUAUUUUGAUAUUAUUAUUAUUGUUAUUAUUUAUAAUUAUUAUUACAUAUAAAUUAUUCAUAAGGGAAGAGACUCCAGUAGAGUAAUUUUGAUUGCAAACAUACUUGAAGCGUUUCAAAUAUUAUUGUUCACGAAUGACAAACAAAUUAAUUAAUCUCUGUGACGUAAGAAAUAUUGAAAAUCUUAGGAACCAGGUGUACCUUGUGCAGAAAUGAACUUUGCCGACCAUUACCGUCACCGUCUAUAAGAUAUUUAAUCGGGUCGCUUGGGGUACAGUAAAAUUCUGGAUCGAUUUUCCAUUAAUCGACUAUUAGUAUGCGAUAGCUAGUUUCUUCGUGUACGGGAAAUGACUUUGGUCCCUUGAGAUAAUAAUAAGGCAGCAAUCGUCCCGCGAGAAUGUUCUUCGAUAAAGUGUAAGCUCUGACCGGGAAGUUCAUUUGUCGAAUAAUGAACCGUGUAAUUCGAUGAAUUCAUCUUCUGUUACUCUAAUUACGAGAAGCUUCUUCCUAUUUUCUCGUUUAAAAUCACAAACCAUUUUAUAACAAGAUCUUGUCGUUUAUGAUAAAAUUGUUGCUCGAAAAAGAAAGAAUUAAUUAAUAAACCAGCAUAGACAGUAAUUCUUUAUUUCAACAAAAACACUUUAAUAAAUUUUACAAUUUAAAAUAACGAAUUUGAAACAAGUGAUUCUGACCUGUCUGGUAGUUCUAGCGUUAAAUUAACAAUAUGAAAAAUUAUUUUUUAAUUUUCCUUUCAGUUACAUGCGGUACCGAAAGGUAACAAUGGUUUACUUAUUUAUACCUGAAAAUUAUUUGAAUUCUUCAGAUUCUUUGUUUAGUAUCCAAAAAAAUGGGGGAAACAAUGAUAUACAAUCAGGGCAAGGUUGUAGAAGUAGGAAAUACUUAAAAGGGAUCGUGUGCCAAGGAAAGUAGAAAAUUGAAACAUUCAACUUGCCUAAAUGCUAGCUGUGUUUGCGGAAGUGUUGACAUUUACUACCCACCCCUCAUUGUCAGCGAUAACCGUUCUCACGUUUUUGGCAAUUUUCCAACGCUCGUUCGCCAACCAACACGCUCUUCGCGAAUCACUUCGCGACCGACGUGUUAAAUAGUUAUGCAAGACAAAUUGCUUGCCAUAAUACGCUAUCUUGUCGUUGACAAUGAUUACCUGCUUCCAUUAUACCUAAACCCUUCUCAUUAUAUCAUUUAAUGACGUUAGAAACUCUGAUUAAUUAGUAGGAUACUUUCAUAAAAUACAAAUAGAAAUUCAAUAGAACAAGCUCCUCUAUAAAUAUUUCUAUUUUUCAUUUGAAAUACUGUUUCAAUCGAACACCGUCUCUAUCAAGAUUUCCAGUCGUGUAUAAAGAGCACGCGUACAAAAAUUAUUUUUAAAAAAACAAUGUACAGAAGACGUGGCGACGAGAUUUACAUUUGCCUGGUGCAUGAAUAAACCGAAACGUGUCGCGAAUCGAACGAUUUCAAUUUCAAAAACAUUCACAUAACGCGAUUGAUUUUCUCUGUGCGUUUAAAAUGCAGCGCGCGAAACCGCGGCGAGAAAAAAUGGGUAUUCGAAAAAAAAAGAAGGAAGAAACUCGCGUUUUAUAAAGAACCCAGGAGUCUGAUUUUCAUCGGUUCGCGAACAAAGGAUAAAGGGUCGAAAAUUUAACAUCCGAAAAUUCAUGGAAAGCGAACCGCAGUUUUUCCUUCUGCUCCAUUCCUUUGAUCCUUCGUCCACGUUUCCGCGGACGUCUUUCCAUCACGCGUUAAUUACCCCAGCCAUUUCAACUGUGCGUGCGAGUGUUUUUUCCUUUCGUUCUUCAUUCAGAAUUAAUUGUGGCUUCAAAGCGGCUGGCAUUAAUUAAACGGACUACCGGAUCUGGUUAUUUAUUCGUUUUCGCAAACGGCCGACUGAUUCGUUCGGAAUUAAGAUGCUGAAUUUGUAUUUAAAAUUGGUUUUCAAAAAGGAGGAAAAAUAUUUUCUGCUUUUACUGUCCCGUUUUGUGAAUCAUAAUUCUUGUAGAUAUUUUCAGGAAACUAAGAAAACAAUUUCAUUUUGUAUCAGCAAGAUGCAUAAGCACUUAAGAACGAUUCCUUCUGAACAAUUAACAAGUCGCAAUCGUCCUGUUAUCGAUGGUACAAUCAAAGUAAAUGGAUCUCGAUGCGCAUUAAUUCGAGCAGAGCCGAGAAUAUCCUCCUUUUGAAACUUUUAAUAAGCACGACUUUGCGUUUCAUAAAAUCUCCCGUCUAUUCUGGAACAACCUCUUCGAUUCGAUCGAUUCCCUUUCCGAGUAUUAAUCGACGAACGGGGAACAUCGUUGAAACUUUUCCUCGUUGAACUUUGAGAGACCGCGUUAUACUUAGCCAUGCGAUCUUCAUUACAUUCUAAUCGAAUCGGGUUAUCGAACAAAGCUGCGUCUUCGAGAAAUAACUAUUUCAGAUAGAGUUCUUCGAACGGCAAAUAUGUCGAGGAGAAUGAACAUCGUUUCUUUCCGAACAGAGAAAACGGAGACUUUAAUUUUCCAGCGAAAUUAUCGGUAAAACGGAUAACACGCGUCUCUGUGAAAAUUCAGCCAUCAGCCACACAUGGACGGCGAAUGUUUAAAUUGGAACGUAAAGCAUUGCCGGAAAGUUUUGGUAACAAGGUGCUCGCCGGUAGCCCGAUACGGGCCGGAUAAUCGAAUCUAUUCCACCUUUUCCCUUCGCCAAACUCACGGAAUCGAAUUGAAUCGAGUCGAGUCGUUAAGAAGGGUCGAGUAGGAAAUUGACACAAUGCCUUCGAGGCACAUAGAGCAAAUGGUGUCGAAUGGAGCGAACGAAACCAAAGACUUUAACGAGAGCGAAACCGGAGCGGAAAGAGUAUCCGGCUGCAGGCUGGACAGGGUGAGCCUAGGAACCUCGUCUCGUUUUUUUACUCUCUCGUGGGCUCCCGUUAGUGGUUAAAAACAGAAUUAACAUAUCGUAAUCGCGUUGUCGAGUAUAAGAAACGUUCGAAGAUACUUGCUUCCGUCAAAUUUCCACUGUGAAACCGUCUUUGUUCGAUGACGAGAUGAUUUAUUCGCGACCAGUCGGUUCGUAAGUUUCACCUUGGUACACUUCUAAUUAGAAUUAUUUUUAAAUUUAUACUAUCUGCUGCGAAGGAUAUCACGUUAAAAGCACGAACGUAAUUUCUCCAGCAUCCUUGAACGUACCAACUACCUUACUCCUAACAUUAUCGAUCAUCUGAAAGUAAUGUUCUUCGUAGAACUUGCUGAUCCUUCGCAUCUGCUUACAAUACUUCAACAAUGUUCGAACUUCAAUCUCGAAAGUUUUCCCUUGUAUCUAUCGAGAAAAUCAGCUAGAAACUACCAGUUUAAUCCCACAAUUUUAAUACAAACCGUGUUACAAUGUUCGGUAACAAUCUAGGGAACGUUGAUCCAUCAAUUUCGUCUUCUACCAUCUAAAUUUUUUCCUGGACUUAGCGAAACUUGUUAUUCGAAAUUUCUUUGACUGACAGCAGCCAUCGAGGUGUUUCGUAAUGAAAGAGUUAAGAAAUUCCUGAAGAGAAAUUCUUUUUCAAACGAAUAAAACCUUCGGUACAGUUCCUUUCCCGCGGUUGCGAACAUUUACAAAAUUAAAUCAAUUUCUUCUCGAUCAAGGUGUAAAUCCAUCUAUCUUCUAUUCAGACCUAUUUCCAGGUGGGUUUAGUUCCUUUUCAUCAGGUAGAAGGAGGCCUCGAACCGCGGUAAUACCGGCAGGCAGAAGUUCUUCAAGAUCUGGCGAAAGUGUCUCCAUCCUUUACUUCGAGAACACUUCGGAGCCACCAGCUAUCUUUUCUUAGUUUUUUCCAUUUCUUUUUUUUUUUUUUUUUCACUUCCUUCUGUCGUUGUCGUUUCCUUUUCCUCUUUUCUCUGCUUUGCUCGGGUCCCGCGAGAGCAUUGCUGAUUUAUUUAAAAGAGACGCUACAGGCAAGAUUCGCGCGGAAACGGAAGGAAAAGGAGGGAGAGGCUCUUCCUUCAAAGCGGAAGUGUUACGAUAAAUUUGAACGGAUAAUAUUGAACGUACAAGUAUCGUUAGAAUUUUUUAUUUUAUUAUAUAAAACAAGCAUUCUGUUCUUUUCAGUAAUUUUCUUUGAAAGUUUAAUGACUUUAAUUGAUCUUUCUUGAAGUAGAAUAAUUAAUUUUCAUUCUUGGAUGAUGGAUUUCUGAAACCUUGCGCAAGGUGUAUGAAAAAAUUAAGUUAAAUUCAAUUUUUAAUUAAUUGACGAAGAAGGACAGCAAGUGUUUGGAUAAUAGUGUAUCAAAAUGAAGUUACAACCGACUCCCUGAAUGAUAUUUCUGUGAUCGAAAGGUAUGAAUGACAUAUGUACAUACACUUUGUUUAUCGUGUACACACAACUCCUCCGUUUCGUCUAAGAAACAGUGCGACGAAAGCAAGUAUCGCCGACAAAGUAACGACGAGAUAUCAAAUAUUUUAUUAAAACACAAGGAAACUCUUAACUAUUCAUUUCUAACAAACAUAAAUCAUUUAUUUCAAUUUCUAUCGAUUGGAACGAUUUGAAAUUUUUAACUUUUAAUCCAACAACGAAAUCGCUAAAUCGCGGUUAGUGGAACUUUCACCGAACAAUCAAUUUAAUUUUACAAUCACUUCGAAGCAACACGAUAUCCUGGACAAUUUUCCGACAAUCCGAUAAUGAAAUCAAAUAAAAUCAUUUGUUUGUGGAACGAAGAGGAUCAAUAUUCCCUGAUCGCGAUUUAGCGAAACUAUAAAACCAUAAAAACCAUAAUAAUCCUUGAAUUCACGAUUUAUUAUUCAACGAUCCUUGAAUUAUAUUUCCACGGAUAUUAAUUGUAAUUUUUGCAAAUUUUAAUUUUAUUCGAGGGAAAUAUAGGAGCGUGGUCGUAAAGUAUUUGAUAUUAAUUCGUGAGGAGCAUUAAGGUGUAAAUAGAAUUAAGAAAAUCUAGGAUCUUAAAUCGUAGCUGUACGUUAAGCAAUAAGCUAUGCUGGAAACGAUACAUAUCAAGAAUUGCCUGUCUGGUGCACUCGAUGUCGAUUCUCGAUACCAGGCACCGAACUAUUCAAAGAAACAAAAGACACCGAUCGAGGCUGGAUUUUAAAGCAUAAACGUCGAAACGAUCGGAACACAAUUUCGUGGCUCGAUGCCUCUUCAAUUUUUGGCAGAGAAACGAAAUAAAAGAGAUGAUCUCGGAAUUUCAUUGAACUCUAUGCUUGAAAUUAGAAAUCAAGGAGAAAUAUUUCAAUAUUUUUUUAGAGAUUAAAAUUUACAACGAGAAGUAUACAAUUUCUUUCCAAAAGUGAACAAAUCAAACGAAAAGAGAUCGAAAUCCAUCGAGAUUUUCCUAGAAUUUUCAUACGAAUUUCGAACACCAUUUCAGAAUAUUAUUCGCUGUAUUUCCAUCGGAUAAUGGUUUUCUUUCCAAGAUAAAUCUACAAUGUCAAGAAAAGCGUGUACAUAGAUCAAGGUAUUUGUGAUUGAAAAUUCCAUUUAUCGUGUUCGAUUAUCCAUAUCCUGUUAUCCAUAAAUAUUAUCAUAAAAUUAUAUUUAAAUAGAGACUUAUAUUACUCCUGUACAGAAUUUGAUAUUAUAUUAGUACCGUAUAAAAGAUGCAUAUUAUUUAAAAUAUUUUCAAACAUAGUUACAGAAAGAUAUCAAAAUCAAACAUCUGCUAAUCAAACUAUCUAAUAUUAAAUGCUAUAAUCAUAUUUUCUUACAUAUAAAAAAAAAGAUUUUAAAAUAGAGAAAAUUUAUUUGUUCAUUAGAACAAUCUGAUUUUCUAAUGCAUUUUCUAUUUUUAUUUUUUAUAUGAAUUUUUCGCUCCCAAAAUUAUUGCAUACCAUAUCACAAAAUACUUUUUUCGUAAACAAUUUAAACAAUUUAACAACCAUAAUAAAUAGUUGCGAUUCAUGCCCGGCAAUAAAUACAGCAGUAUCUGAUUUGUUGCAAUUCUGUAUCGUCACGCGACAGUUGUUCAAUUUGCCAAAUGAAGUACGAUCAUUACAAUAUCAUUUUACGAAAUGUAACAUCCUAUGGGGUUGCACGGUAUGCAUAUCGCAAUUAAAGAUUACACCGGUUGUUGAAUUCCGCAAACGCAUGGUGCAAUGUCGCUGCAAUUUUGCAUCGAUGCAACUGCAUAUUUUUUCUGAUCCAUAUUUCGGGAUAUUUCCAAAUUUCUUCGAUAAACAAUACAAUAUUAAACGACCAUCCACCAUAAUAAAUAAUCAUUACAAUUCAUAUUGCAAUGUUUGUUUCGGCGCAGUUGCAUAUCGUUAUGCAACAGCGGUGCAGUUUAGCAGAUUUUAAUAACGAUCCAUGCGCAGAUGUAAUAUUGAAUUUCGUCUGUACGAAUUACCAUUAAUCUUCGGUAUGAAACAGUUUUCAAACAGAGAACACAGCAGAAAGCUAGAAGCUUACGAUAGAUAGAUCAAAGCUGGAACAAGGAAAGGAGGAAGCGCAGAAUUUUUUUUAUUCCCGAAGCGAGCACACGCUAAAUAAAAAAGGGAGCUCGCGAAACGAUAGCAAUCGGCGUCGAUUGCUAAAACGGGAACGAGAGAAAACACGAAUGCUUGAGGAAGGAGAAAGACCGAGGUAUGCAACAAUGGGACAUUUUUAUCGAAAAAAGGCCAGGGAGAAAAGGGAGGUUGCCGUGAGGCAAUGCCACUUUUGUUCAACUCGCAUUUUCACCAGAGAGGAGGAGCCACCCCGAGAGAGGUUGGCUGGCCUUUGACACGACACAAAAGGCUAUUGUGCGAUGACCCGUUAAAAAUCGUUGUCCGCCUAAUCGGCCGAAGGUUGAUUCGAUAAAACGCCGAAGGGCUAACCCGUCAAAUUUGCAUCAUCCUGCACGCAGCCUCUGGUGCAGUAAAUCUGACUACUGAUCAAACUCUUCCCUUUUUUUAUCCACAAUUUCCUGUGAUUUUGAUUUAUAACAACUAUUAUAUUCUUCUUGUUUGAUCCUUAUUUCUUUAUAAAUUAAUCAAAUUAAUUACCAUGCUAUAUUUCUGCUAUACAUCAAACCUUGUAAAACGUACAAGUGAUUUCCUUCUAAUUUCUCCAAUUAAUUCAUCAUGAUAAUAAAAAAGUAUCACUUCUAUCAACGAUAUAAAUAACUGUAAUAAACUAUGUUUAUAACCCGUCCAACGAGACGAAUCAGGAUAUGUUUACAAAUUCGCGCGCUCGACGCAGGGUCGAAGCUCAGUUGUUUCCAAUUCUUCAAACGUUUCGGUCGAGGUUUGUGUACCGUGAGCCGAGCCUGCUUCGAGCACGUGAAUUUCUAUGCAUUUAUUGUCUCGUCUCGUUGGAUGGAGUAUAUUAACAAAUAAAGAAAUACAAGCAUGCAAUCAAAGUGUUUAAUUCUACAGAAAUGAAAAUCAUUAAAAGUAUUCUAUAAAAAAUAGAAAGCAAUCUUCUCGGAUCAUUCUAUCAAUAGUAGGUAUCCUUUUAGCGUGCGAUUUAAAAAUAGCAGAUAAUGCUUGCGCAUAAUUACCAUGCAAAUUAAGUUGUUUUUUUCCCCUUUGUGAAAUCACCGAUAAUUCCGUGGUAGCAAACAAGAGAGUUCAAUGAAAUUCAAAGUGGAAUCGAAUAGAGUCCGCGAAGUGGAACACGCAUCGAUCCUCGAAAUUGUUUCGGAUCAAUCGCGAUCGAACCGACUACCUUAGGGCCGUAUCAACUAAAACGCUAUAGUUCAAAACGAAUACAUAUCACUAGUUAUUAUUAACGAGUCGCGAUAUAAUUAUAAUGAUGAAGAAAAAAAAGUAUAGGGUAGGGGGCGGGAUGAAUAAACGUGAAACGACAACUAAUUUAUUACACGUUUACCACAUCUUAUAUACAUACAAAAUUGAUAUAUUGUAUAUACAAGAUAUAUAUGUAUUAUAUAAUAUAUAUACACGUGCAUAUAAAUAUAUAUAUAUAUAUACAAAAUCGGUGAAUAGGAUAAGGUUUUGCUAAGACAAAAUCGCAUAAAAUGUACAGCGACGUUGAACCGAAAUAAAAAAAAUGGGGGGGAAUACUCUAUCGACAAAGAUCCAGACAGUAUUUUAAAAUGUCAUAGAUAGCUCUUAGUUCUCUACGUAUUUAAUGUAUCUAUUCCUACACGUACACUAUACACAACGCGCUACGAUUGCUCAUUAAUUUUCAUCUAUGAGCAGCAAUAAAACAAAACAGAACGUUCGUUCUGGAUAAAAAAAAAAGUAUAUUUCUCGUCAAUGUUCGUCGACGAAAAAUUGAGAAAUUGAAAUUCAAACUAAGGCGCGUACACAGAAAGAUAUAUCGUUGUCGAUGUCCUAUGAUUGUUAAAACGGAAACGGGGGCGUCGAAGUUUUUCUGUAGCCUCGACGCGCUACGUUUCCGCUCGUGUAAUUCAUAUUUAUUAUUUUUUAUAAUAGCGUAUACCGUGUAUGUGUUUCCUGUCGUGAUUACCCACGUUUCUCCUUACCUCGAUAGAUGUUUAAGAACGGAAGGGAGAAGAAUGAAAGAAAUGGUGAAAAGGGGAAAUCCUUUUUUUUUUUCGUUUCUAAUCAAUGUUUCUUCUCCCUUCCUCUCCCUACUUAUUAAUUCCCUAAUUAUUGCGUUGUUACUCGGAACUCGUUAGGUCACGGUUAACGUCGUGAGUCCGAUUGUUUAACUGCAUAUACGAUCGUCGAUCCAGCUCGUUGUCCUUAACCCUUUCACUAUCAACCCUUAACUCUUCCUAAUGUAAACUUGUUUCGUCCACAAUUCAAAUUAAAAAGAGAAAAAAAAUUGAAAAAGAUGUACUAUGACUUUUGAAGGGAAAAUCUUCAAAGAAAAAAAAAAAAGAAUAGAAAUGUAUCUAAUAUUUUUUAAGGAUUCAAAGUCGUUUGGUAAAUUGUAAUUUUUCGUCGUUUAAGGGUAGAUUCUUUGAAUGUUACCAAUGUGUAGAAUUAAGUAUACGAUUACAGGAGAAGAGUUAAGAAGAUAAACUCGAUUUCGAAAUUUCUUCGAAUAAUGAAUUAAAAAAUGGAGGAUUGAAAAUGGUUGUGAAAGGGUUGAUACGGUGACACGACGAACAUUUAGAACCUUCAUCGUUUCUAAGCACUCGAAUCAAAGGAAUUCGUGUCGUUGCUUCAAUCGUCUUCGCUCAUUUUUGUGUCCUGUGUGCCAUCGCGAAUUAUUACGCCACUGUGAUGGGUCAUCCUUCAUAGAAAAAAAAAUUAUUUUUUUCUAUUGUUGUCAUUGUUUUCUAGUUUAUUUCUAGUCAUUUUUCUGAGGUGGGCUAGGUCCAUUAGAAAUUUGGAAAAUCUGGAAUUUUAUAAUUCUAGAAUUCGAGGAUGUUAAAAAUUUCGAAUGACGAAGGGGCCUAGUAUAUUUAUUACAACUCUUUAAUUAACUUUUCAAUUCGUAUAAGUGUCAGUGGAGUAAUAAAAUCGAUUAUUCUUCGAAAAAUUCUGAUCACUUUCAGAAGCAUAAUUUCGAAAAUUCCUCAGCAAAUUAUGCCACUUAUACGAAUUGCUCAACGUAGAAUAUAUUGAUAAUUGCGAUAAGUUGUUUGCUUUUCUGUACAUAGAUUAUAAGAGAUAUAAUUUGUUGAUGCAUCGGUCACAAGUGGCGAGCACAUAAAGCAAUAAGUUUUGUCUCGCGUAGAACGAAACCGGAAGACAUACUUGACUGAUAGUACAUAGUUUUAAAGGCGAGCAAAAGUGUCGCAGAGAUAUCACCCUGUCUCCAUUGCACCAUUUAUAAACCGUAUUCUAAAGCGACUUACCAACGAUGAUUUAUCAAACGUACGAAUAAAUAUGUUUGAUAAAUGGAUUGGAAUUCUUGAGAAUAUGAUCGAUAUUUAACUUUCAAGCAUUCGAAUCGAAAAAAUGAAAACUUGAAUUAAAUUCCUUACAAUUUUAUUCUUAUACAGUUAUAUUAACCAAUAUCAUUUCUGAUUAUCUAACGAGGAUUUCAUUAUCAAUUGGAAAUUAAUUAAUUAUACCUGCGCUCAAUUUGUCGCUAAUCACAAUCAUUUGCUUCUCUAUUAAUUGAAACCAGAUGUCGAAGACACACACCUUCUCGUCUGGUAUUGAAACGUCAGCCUUUAAUUUCAAGAAGGUAUAAUAAAAUUAAAUAGUAUAAUUGAAUGAUAAAAUUGAAUUAAUGAAUAAAUUAAUUUUUUAAAUGAAGCAAAUGUAUGCGUAACAAAAAUGACCAUAUUCGAUUGAAUUUUUUGAAGAUAUUAAAAAGAGGAAUACGGGAUGGAGAUAGAGUGGAAGGAAACUAGAAGAAGUGUAUUUAAUUCAACGCUAACCGCAGAGGGAAUUUCGGCAAACCUUAGGUCCAUCUUACCCCAAGCCCCGUGAGAAAUUAAACAUCGAUACACGUAUACGUCGCUGGCGCAUCGUUGGGAAAAGAUGUAAUCGAUUCCUCGCGACCUGAUGCAGAGGCGCAUCACUAAAAAAAAAAAAAAAAA